UGACGGAUGUGUGUAUUCCGGUCCGACGAGAUAUUUAGUUGUCUGCUGGCACACUUGUGAAUACAGCACACCGUAUCUACAUAGAGGACGAUCUUUUAAUCCCUGGUUGGAGAGAUGUAAGAAAAUGUCGAAGUGUUGGCCGUUUCUGAUUGUCGCUGCUUCAUGGUUUUGUUUUCAGACCGACUCAGUGGCAGGUAUCUGCAUACCACCGAUGUAUGGCUUGGAUUGUAACUACACGUGCCAUUGUUAUACUUCAAACUGCGAUAGCGUCAUUGGUUGUUCUGGUGGCUGUGACAAAGGGUGGCAUGGAUCAAAUUGCAACAAAGAAAAUAUAGCUUUGAAACAACGUACAAGUCAGAGUUCCUACUUUAGCGGCUGGUGGAAAAAUUCCUCGCUUGCUGUAGAUGGAAGUCUUGUCCAAGGUAGCGGGGCGGAAUACUGUAUGUUUACAGAACCCGGUCAUCCAUACACAUGGUGGCAGGUGGACCUGGAUAAAGAAUAUUACAUACACAAGUUAGCGGUCCACUUCAGAAAAUGGCCAACAACUCGCAGAAAUGGAGUUAAGGUGUACAGCUCUCUUUAUGAAAGCCCGAACAUCACUGGUCACCUGUGUGGUUCUUCAACUCAGUCCAGUCCAGAUGUGACGUCAGUGACGUGUAACAAUACAGCUAGAUACAUCACACUAUACAAAGAUGACGACAGCAGAGGAGACACAGCAAUGAAUUUCUGUGAAGUUCAAGUAUUUGUCUGUGCUUUUGGAACUUUCGGUGAUAAUUGCACCUUGUUCUGUCACUGUCUGGAUGGACCAUGUGACUACAUAACUGGAGUAUGCACAGGAGGAUGUCAACAAAACUGGACUGGGAUAACUUGUAGUGAAUGUGAUUCUGAUCACUAUGGUCCUCUAUGUGAGAAAUCUUGCUCCAGCAGACACUGUGAUGAAUCAAGUGCUAACUCCUCAUGUAGUAAAGUGACUGGACGAUGUGACAACGGAUGUACAGCAGGAUGGACAGAACAAGACUGUACAAAGAAAUGUUCAAAGGAUAUCUAUGGAUUAAAAUGUGGAAAGUAUUGCAGUCUGCGACAGUGUCGUGGAAGUUCAUCUUGUGAUCACGUCACUGGAAAAUGUGACCAUGGCUGUCGUCGAGGAUAUUGGUCUGACGAUUGUAGAAUGAGAUGUCAAGAUGCCUAUGGUUUUAACUGUAACAUGUCCUGUGAUGCCCGACACUGUCUUGGUAGUCAGUACUGUGGCAUGCUGUAUGGAAGAUGUACAGGUGGCUGUCAAGCUGGCUGGGAGUUACGUGACUGCACAACUCCAUGUCAAGGUGGUAAAUUUGGACCUGUAUGUCAGUCAAAGUGUAGUGAACGACACUGUACAGGAGACAACUCAUCUUGUGAUGUUCAGAAUGGAACAUGCCAAUAUGGCUGUCAGCCGGGAUGGAAGAGCCCAAGUUGUAACUUGGUAUGUGGUAGAGGAUCCUAUGGCGCUGGUUGUAAAUUUAGUUGUUCACAAAGACACUGCCAAGUGAGUACGGCGAGCUGUAACAGUGUCAGUGGUUCCUGUAAUGGUUUGUGUCAGGACGGUUGGAUAGGAGUCGACUGUGCAGGUACAUUGAAUUUUUGUCAACAUAGCGCUUUUAUUUUUGUAAACAAAUUUCAAAGUUAAACGUUUGAAAACAAAUUAAUUGUUGGU